UCCUAUAUAAAUUUUGUAAAAUAGAUAACGUAUAUAUAUUGAAAAAUAAUUACUUCUUUGUAAUUUAGAGAAUUCUGAUUCGUUAUAUAUCUUUUCUUAUUAUGUAGUAUUAUAUGGAAAUCUGACCUGUUUUUUUGUAGCUGAAUUAGCUGACUAACAUACAUUUGCAUUUAAAAUGAAAUAUAUAUUUCAAGUUUGACAAAAGCGAGAUAGAAAGUUUUAGUGCAGCCUAGUGCAGGAGCAGAAAACAAACCUCUUGUUAUAAAUAUCAUAUUUCUCAAAAAUGGAUUUGAAAGCUGUAGUUGUUUCUGGAGAAGCUCCAGAGUCUGAUGAUGAUGCGUCGAAUAUUGUCACUGGUUUAGGAUUCCCUACUAUGCGGACACCAUCAACUUACUGUGGUACUAUUAUCUCUGGCGAAGCACCUGAAUCUGAUGAUGAUCUUACAAGUUUGAGUAGUGUCAGUGGAGCAGUAGAUGCCAUGGCAUGCCCUCCUUAUGCUGAACUUAAGAUACCAAGAUCUAAGAAAAGUUCUAUCAAAUAUAAUAGUUUGCUUCACAAAAAAUUACACGAAUGCAAUGAAACUUUGGAUAGAGACAUUCUGCAUAUGACGGAGGGCGCGAUUAUGACCAGCGUACAAGAAUUGUCGGCUGUUAAUCGACAGUUAUUAAGAAGUGAACUGGUGUUACAAGAAGCUGUGUGUCAAUUGCGCAAUGCAUCCGGUCGAGUGAAGGAUGCUUCCGACGUUCUACAUCAACUCAUAGACGACAAUUUCUUGCAUUCUGUUAAAACUUAACUUUGCUUAACUUAUUAAGUGCGUCUCUAGUUCCUAAGAUAUACAUAUAGCGAUGAGUAACAGGUAUGUGUUUAGUAUAUAAUGCCAUCCUCCAUAAUGGUACCGCGCAUUAGAUGCGGGUGUUAAGAAAAAGAAUGCGCGAUCCUCUUUGAGAUCAAGGAUACUUGAGCAGUAAUCGAUCUUCCGGUGUGGCAGUACUAUUUAAUGCGUCCUUAUACUUUCCAACGCGUUGUCUCGUUUAUUUCGAGAAUAGUAUCAAUCACAUCAAUUCAUUAUAAACUAAUAUCCUAAGAUCAAUCUGGAGAACCAAACUCAUCACGUCUGUUAUUUAACGAUACAUUCGGUCACGGUCUGCGGAAUAAUAAGCAGUUCGAUACCGGCUUUUUCGCUUUCGUAUUAUAUAAAUUUAAUUGCGAUUGUUCUAAUAUAAAUAUGUAUAAUGCGAUUAUACUGUGCAAGAGAUGUGAUAUUUACUUUACGAUAUACAUAUAUAUAUAUAUAUAUAUAUAUUAAUGUCAUAAUAUUGAUACAGAGCAUUUCUGUGGAGAAUAGACAUACACUUUCGUUAUGGUUUUAAAAAAUGCAUCUCGUAAAUGCCUAUCAUAUACUUCGGUUUCGAGAAACAUACAAAUGUAAAUACGACAUUGCUGUUUAUGACUUAAGAUUAUGUAAUCAUAAAAUUGGAAUAAUAUUUAGUACCUAU